GGGGUCGUGACUGAUCACAGAGUGUUAAUGGAAGACUCUGGGGAGAUCAGACAGGUCAGCUUAUUCACUCUGACACUUUUUACACUUCGGCAAACUCAACUGCAGUGCUGUUUGCUUAUUUCUCUAUGGAGGAAGCUGAAAGCAGCAAGUUUGAGUAUGGGAUUGACCUGAAGGGGGAGAUGACUAAAGAGGAAGUGCUGAAGGAGACCACGGAAGAAGACGCAGUCCUGGACCGGUCCGGUGUUCUUUCCCACACUCCUGCUCGCCCCAUUAUUCACCAGGUGGCAUCUGCGCCCAUGCCCUCUGACUCUGAUUUCUCUUUCUUUGACCCCAGUGAUCCCCAGUGUAGGGUGGUGCUGUUGGAUCCAUGUACCACAGUGCCCGAGCUGUUUGCGGUUCUCAGACAGUGGGUCCCUCAAGUGCAGAAGAACAUUGAACUCAUUGGUAACGAGAUUCUGAAGAGAGGCUGUGGUGUCAAUGACAGAGAUGGUCUUACUGACAUGAGCCUGCUGCACUACUGCUGCAAAGCUGGUGCACCAGGCAUAGGUGACGUGGAGAGUGCAGCGAGUUUUGCCCGGAAGCUCUUAUCUCUGGGAGCAGACCCGUCUCUGCGCAGCCGCUGGACCAACAUGAGUGCCCUUCAUUACGCUGCCUACUUCGAUGUUCCUCACCUCAUCUGUGUGGUGUUGCAGGCGUCGCAGCCGGGAGAAGUGGAUGCCACCUGCAGUGAUUUUGACUUCGGCACUGCCUUGCACAUUGCUGCUGCUAACCUGUGCACAGCUGCGGUCCGCUGCCUGCUGGAGCUCGGAGCUAAUCCUGCAUUCAGGAAUGAUAAGGGACAAUGUCCGGUAGACGUGGUGCCUGAGCCUCUUGACAUGCCUCUUGAGAUGGCAGAUGCUGCAGCUCAGGCCAAAGAGCUGAGGACAUUGCUGAGGGACGUUCUACCCCAACCUGUCAUUCCUCGACCUCUCGUUCCCGGGCAACCCCUCGACCUUCACUCGGAGAAGGCCCGAGCACAUCUCACCAACAUGGGCAUCCACCUCGGAGACAAGGUCGUCAUUGCUGGCCAGAAGGUGGGGACUCUGCGGUUCUGUGGCAGCACCGAGUUUGCUGGGGGUUUGUGGGCUGGUGUGGAGCUUCAGCAACCAGAGGGGAAGAAUGAUGGAUCCGUGGCUGGUGUUCAUUACUUUACCUGCCGCAUGAAACACGGAAUCUUUGCUCCUCUCUCUAAAAUCAGUAAAUUCUCAGAACGACGCAGACCCAUCCCUGUCUGCCCUCCUCGCCACAUCGACCUCUCCCGGGUCAAGUCGAAAGUCGACACAGGUUUAGCAUCAAUAAAGGCGAGGUCCUUACCAACACUUGCAGGUGAUGUGGAUGUUCAGACAGGUGCUCUGUCACGUAGCUGUUCCACGUCAUCCUCCUCUCUGGACUCCAGACAUGCCCCUGUUCUCCACCCAGCAAUCCCAGCACCUCGACAGAGACGUCCCCUUCGCCCUCGGCAGGAACUGACACCUCCAAACUCCAGAUCUACUCCUCCACCAUCCUUGCAGUGUGGCUUGGCACGCAGCAGGACUCCGUCAGCUUGCAGCUCAGUAACAGAUGUUCCCAUGUUGCGAUUGGGAGAGCGAGUUCUCGUGAUCGGUCAGAGGACGGGAGUUGUCCGAUUUUAUGGCAAGACCAGCUUUGCCCCAGGAAUUUGGCUUGGGAUUGAACUGGAUAAGCCCAGUGGGAAGAAUGAUGGCUCUGUCAGAGGGGUGAAGUAUUUCAGCUGCCCACCUAAACAUGGAGUAUUUGCUCCACCUUCACGAGUGCAGCGGAUCCAUGGCUCUGUGGACUGUCUGUCAGACCUGUCAUCCUCCCGAUACAAUCACACCUUCACUGGAAUGCGUCGUAGUUUGAGCACCACUUCAGCCAUUGCCACACAGAGAGAGCCAAAUCGGAAGACUCAAGCUAACCGCAACCAUUUGUCCAGCACACCCCGACGAUGGAACACUCUCAGCUCUGCCUCGGCUGCAGCUUCUCUUCGAGGUCCAGGCACUCUAGGUGGCACAGUCAGCUCCUCUGGCACGGACAGCGCUGUCAAACUGCACCUGGGCAUGCAGGUCCUGCUCAGCAGUGCCAAUGAAAUGGGCACCAUCCGCUACGUUGGCACUGCUGACUUUGCACCAGGCCUCUGGCUGGGCCUGGAGCUGCGCAGUGCUAAGGGGAAGAAUGACGGUUCAGUUGGCUCUAGGCGCUACUUUAGCUGUCGGCCUCUCCAUGGUGUCCUGGUGCGCCCGAGCAGGGUCACCUACCGCGGUAUUAACGGAGCCAAGCUGGUUGACGAAAGCAGCUGAGACCACAAGCUAUUAUCUUUUUUUUUUCCACUUUCACCUGUCUCUCAGCUCUGUCAUGCUCUUUUUCUUCUCUAGUAAAUAAGCAGCUGGAUGGAUGGAGGGACGAUAUGCUGCCAGAGGACGAGAUGAAGCACUUUGAAAGCACAAAGGACAGGGUUAUUAGUCAGCAAUUCAGUCUAUGUAAUGAGAUUUAUUGUGUGGUGUUUGUGUUCUGGAUGAUGUUUACCGGGGAAUUGAGUUCAAUCAUUUGUUUUCCUACUAGAAAACAUUCACCUUGGAAGUGAGGUCAGUUAUUUAAGUUAUACUCAAGUUAUUAUUAAGUGAAAUUUAGUUAAUCUGUGAUUGUGUUUUUUUUUAUUUUUUUUAUUUUAUUUUUUUUGUGAGAGCUCAAUAUUUUAUUUGGUUGGUUAGGUGAAUAGCUGAACAGUAGCAAUUUGUAAGCACUUUAAACAAAGAAAUUAUGCGGAUUAUUACAAUGACUUUCAUCAAGAAUAUGGUAUAAUUAACUGUGAACUAUUAAUGUUAUAGACAUUCAUAAGGUAUUAUGCACAUUGUCAAGAUGUUUAUGAAAAUGCCUUACACUUUAUAGCAUUGUGUACUAUUUAUUAUGAAUUAACAUGAUGAAUUAUAAGCAGUGCUCAUAGCAUAUUAUAACACCAUUACCAAGGAAACCAAGCUGGGGCAGAAUUCUUUGCAGUAUUGAUAUAAUGUGUUAUAAACCAUGCUUAUAAUGCAUUUUGUUUACAGUUUAUAAAUGUGUUACAUUUAUAAACAUUUCUAUAAAUUGUAAUUAUUUUUCAUAAAUAAUUAUAACAAUUUGAAUGAUGCCUUAUGUAUGCAUUAUAACAAGAAAUUAUUGUAUUGAAAGGUCAUUAUAUGUAUGGCCUUCAUAGAAAAUGUUACUGUAGGGUGUUACUAUUUUUCCUUUGUUUUUCCCUUUGUGAUGCAUUUAUGAUUUAUGCAUAGCCUUGGGAUUAAAAAAAUAAAUAAAUAAAUAAAUAAAGAGUUCAUAUUGUUGAGAAUGAGGCCAAGAUCACUGCAUACAAUAGCACUUUAAUGGUGUUACUACUGAACUUGCACACUUUCCCUCCAAUACUAAUUUUUUUAAACAGUUGUGUGUAUAGACUUGGUUUAGUGUUGCUAUUUCUACUCUGAGCAUUUCGAUUUUGCUAAAGAAAGUGAAAAACAUAAUGGAAGCUUUCUCUCAAAGCAUUUGCCUAGUCAAAAUCAUUGAACUCACAUUUAUCAUAUAAACUUCUGAUUUCCUUCUGAAUGCAUCUUCAGGAAAUAAAUUUUCCAGAAGACUUA